UUAAAAAUGAGGACUAAUAUUCAUCCAAAUGAAUUUUGUGGCAUAAUAUUUCUAUUGAAUAGUUGUCCCCAUUUGAAGAAGCUUACUCUCAUGCUUGGCCAAGGAAAAAUUUUCCAAGAUUAUGAACCACCAUUUCCAAUGGACAUAGGCACCUUUUGGGUCACAAAUAUGAUACUCAUAAACUGUUUAUCAACAUCUCUUGAGGCAGUGGAAGUGAAGGGCUUCACAGGGAAGCAACAUGAAAUCCCAUUUUUGGCUUAUCUUAUUCACUAUGGUAAGCUUAUAAAAACCCUAUCUCUUGCUGUUGACUCUCAUGAUAUUGCAGACACCCAAAUCUAUAUUGAAAAAGCUCAGAUUCUCAAGACCAUCAAACCAGCCUCUAAGAAAAUUCGCAUUCAUAUAAGCUGA